AUGUCAAAUCUGGGCUUGAUGCGAAGACUCGCCAUGUCAUGGAAGGCUGUGGCUCCAGGAAAAGGACGUCAAUUGGCGGGGAAGGACUUUGAAGGGAACUUGUACUUUGAGAAGCCGGAUCCCAAUGGCGGACGGUACCCUCGGAGGACGGUCGAGCUUUCGAACCCAGAACUCUCAGAGGCCAACUACGACGAUGCCAACAUUUCCGUGCAAUGGCAGGCAUGGCUCAGGAAUACACGCAAGGAACCCCCAACACUGGCAGAGAUCCAACGUGACGAGGCCCGUAAGCUGUUGACGGUUGCGCGUGCCAAGGUGCUCGAUCAGGCAUGGCAGGAUAGGAAGGCGGAAUUGGCGUUGGAGCAGGCUCAAGGACGGCAGGCUAUCUUAGGUUUGGCUUCUUCUGCAUCAAAGGCGGGUAAUCCAGAGGAGACAACAACAUCAGCAGCGAGUAGUACGGAUGAGGCAGAUCCAGCCAAGAGUGCGGCGAAAAAGCAGAUCGAGGAGAGAGAGGCGGCACGUAAAGCUGGAUUCAAGUCUCAGGUGCAACAGGGCGACUCGUUCGAACCACAAGCAUGGUCUCCAGUGGCAACCCGUCGUCGCUGA